AUUGAAGAGCCUACGAUUGAGUGAGCCAUGCCGACCUGGAUGUGUUCCCUGUGUCUGUGCCUGUUGUCGUGUUGCCAUGGUGCCCAGACAUUCCAGUACCAGAUCUUCUUGGACCCAGAUGGCCGGUACCAGUUCCAGUGGUCAGUCGAUUACACCAGACAAGUUAUUGAUGUCCAGCUUAUAGCACAGGUUGACGCCGAUACCUGGUUCGCCGUUGGUUUUUCAGACUACGGUGACGUCACAUUCGCUGACCUCGCUGUCUUCUGGACAGACAAGGGAGGGAAUCAUCAUUUUGUUGACGGACACACAGACAGACGGGGCAUCCUGCGGGCAGACGACCACCAGAGCUACCAGCUGACGUCAGUCUCCUCCCGCCCCGGGGCGGUGGUGCUGGACUUCACGCGACCGUUCGACACAUGUGACGUCAGAGAUUACCGGCUGGAUAACGGCACGACACAUAUUGUCUGCAUCGAGUCCCUUCAACCAACGGAGAUUCCCUUAGGCACUGACGUCACGCAGCUACGUCACUCGGUGCAGAGGUCACAGCUGCUGAAACCGGAAGUGGUCAAGCCGAAAUUUCCAGAAGACACGUGGACGUUUGACGUCGUGGCGCAAGAGGUGCUGGUGCCAGGGGAGGAAACCACCUACUGGUGGCACACGACGCUGCUGCCAGACAUACCUCAGCCACACCACAUCAUACAGUAUGAAGGAAUCAUUUCAGAGGGUAGUGAGGACCUAGUGCAUCACAUGGAGGUGUUUCACUGUGAACUGACCAGAGGCGAGAGAAUACCAUACUACAACGGUCCGGGUCUAGCAGAAGACAAGCCUGAGGGGCUGGACGUCUGCAGGAAGGUCAUAGGAGCCUGGGCUAUGGGGGCGGAGGCGAUGGUCUACCCUCAAGAGGCAGGCGUCCCCAUCGGGGGCAAAGGUUAUUCCAGGUUCGCGCUCUUAGAGGUUCACUACAACAACCCCAGGAGGAUGAAGGGUCGUAUGGACAAGUCCGGCCUGAGAUUUCACGUGACGUCACAGCUGCGUCAGUACGACGCCGGCAUCAUGGAGCUGGGGCUGGAGUACACCAACAAGAUGGCGGUGCCUCCAGGGCAGGCGGUCUUCCAACUGACGGGGUACUGCGUGCACGCCUGCACUAGAGUGGGUCUACCUGCUCAGGGUAUUCACGUGUUCGCCUCUCAGCUCCACACCCACCUGACAGGUAGGCGUGUCUACACCAGGCACGUGAGGGGCGGGGUGGAGCUGGCGGAGCUCAACAGGGACAACCACUACAGCCCCCACUUCCAGGAGAUCCGCAGACUUUGGGAGACGGUGCACGUUUUACCUGGCGAUGACCUCAUCACUACCUGCGAGUAUGACACAAGGAGCAGGAAACACGCGACAGUUGGGGGGUUCUCCAUCACAGACGAGAUGUGUCUCAACUACAUCCACUACUACCCCAGGUCGAUGCUAGAGGUCUGCAAGAGUUCCGUCCAAACAGAGGCGCUACAUACCUUCUUCUACCUGCUCAACAGACUGGAGGGUGAGGCCGUUUACCCGGAUGCAGGAGACCGCAGCAACUACCGGCACGUGGAGUGGAGCAGCAACAACGUGGCGCUGCUCCAGGACCUGUACGCCACCUCCCCCCUCUCCAUGCAGUGCAACAAGUCUGACGGUACUCGCUUCCCCGGGGGGUGGGAUCAGACCCCCGUCACAGACGUCGUGACCCCCCUGGUGGUCACCGAUACGAAAACUUGCCAGCGGUCAACGUGA